AUGGAGACAUCAGAACAGCCACGCCGCCCAUUAUCCACGCUACUAUACCCAAAAACCGCGGAAGCGCCAUCAGCAUACGAAACAUCACCCCAACUCCCGGCAAUCCCACAAGAACCUGAGGCGCCACCAUACCCACCUUCACCACCGUCCAAAGCGCAUCAAGAACACCCAACACCACCCUCACCACCAACCUCCCCACCCCUCAUCGUCAUCCACCCCGUCACAGAACCCACUUCACCAACCUCACCCUUCCCAGACACCCUCCCACCGCGCCCCCAACCCACACAAAACGGAACGCUCAUCUCCCGCCUCUUCAAGCGCGCACCCGCCCACCCCGAUGACAUAGAGCUCGGGUCCCUUCCGCGCGGACACACACCAGAGACUCCUGUUACGGAUGCGGAGAAGGAACGGGAGUACAGGAGGAAUAAGGUAUUGUUCAUUUAUAUGGUUUGGGGGGUGCUUCUCGUGCUUACGAUAUGCGGGAUGGUGGUUGGGGCGCAGAUGUAUAGGGGGAAGGUCGAUGGGUCGGGUGGUGGUGAGAAGGUUAAUAACUUUGAGGUUAAUAACUUUGAGGUUGUUGAUGAGAAUGGGGAUGUGGUUGGGGGUGGAGGGGGAGGAUGA